AAGAACAAACAUGAGCAUUCAUCGAGUUUGGCAAGUGGAAUAUGCUUGCGGAUGGAACAUAUACACCUUGAAAUUCAUUGGAAUUUGGCCAGAGGAGAGAAGACUUGAUCGACUUUCCAGCUAUAAAGUGUUAAUAGGAAUUGCCUUCAUCAUCAUUUUCUGCACCAUACCUCAAUAUUGGUUACUAUAUAUCGAACGACAUGAUUUCAACUUGAUUAUGGAAAAUUUAUCAUUGGACAUCAUUAAUGGAACAGUCGGGUUUAUUAAAAUGAUGUUCUUCUGGUCAAGCGGUGGACAAAUAAAGGAUCUUCUUACCGCAAUGGAGGAAGACUGGAAAGAAGUGUCAACGAAAGAAGAUGAAGAAAAAAUGAUGAAAUAUGCUACAUUCAGCAGAAAAAUAGCAACCAGAGCAACAAUUAUCUGUUACAGUAUUAUCGCGUUUUAUACUGCACAAAGAAUUCUAUCAAUGCGUACCCUUGGUCGACUUACAUAUUUCCCUUCGUAUUAUCCAAUCGAGACAAUGGACAGUCCAUUAUUUGAAUUGAAAUUCAUCGGUCAAAUGAUAGCCGCGACUUAUUAUAGUGUAACUUAUUCAUCUGUAGAUACUUUUUUAGUCACGUUGAUUCUUCACGUUUGUGGACAACUUAAAAGACUGCAAAACCAAUUGGUUCAUUUGGAUAUCGGUACGAGUCAAGAAUUUCAAAAUAAAUUAAGUUAUAUCAUCAGAAGACACGAUUAUUUGAACAAAUUCAUCGAGACGAUUGAGGAUCAGUUCAACAUAAUGUUACUCUUUCAAAUACUCAGUUGCAUUUUGCAAUUAUGUUUGGAAUGUUUUCAAGAACUUACGUUAAUGGUCAAAGAAGGUGAAAAAAUGCCAUUAAUUGAAAUUUUCUUUUUCGGUGUUUACAUCUUGUUUGUUUUACUUCAACUAUAUCUCUACUGUUACGUCGGAGAAAAACUUUGGACCGAGAGUACCGAAGUUGCACGUGCUGCAUACGAAUGUAAUUGGUACAAUUUAUUACCUCACGAAGCUAGAUCACUGAUAUUAAUAAUCCGUCGUUCACGAUCACCUUUGCGUCUCACUGCAGGCAAAUUUUGUACUUUGAAUCAUGAGCUUUACAGCAGCGUUUUGAAAACAUCAAUGGGGUAUCUGUCUGUUUUACGUGCAACUAUGACAAGUGAUGAAUGAAACUUCAUAUUAAAAUUAAAAAAUCAUAUACUGCUAUACUUAAUUAACAUUGA